AUGUCAGUAACAACCCCCACCCACCGCCGUACCCUUUCACAAGACUCUACAAGAUCGCACAAGUCUUACAGAUUGACGCGUUCGCCUUCACCGCCCACCCAAACAUUUCAUCCGAGCCAUAUUCUGCAUCCCGUGCCAACUCCGGCUUUGGUCGAGUCAGUCGCUGGAGGAGCGCAUUAUGCGGGUGCUAGGGUGGACUCGGACGUGGUACUGAAGCAUAGAAGAAGCAGUGGCUCGCGCCCGCAUACGGUGUUGAAGCACGACCACGAGCAGAUUCUGAAGGAUCUAACGGAGCUGUAUUCUUGUCGACCAACCCUUGAUAUCUUUGAGAGAUCCUGGAGUAAAGAUGCUGAAUUUGAGGAUCCUUUCUGUAAAUGUAAAGGCUUUGAUGAAUAUGCCGCACAGCCUAAAUUAUUCUCGAAAUCUGAGCAAAUAUCGCAACGCAUCAUGUCUUCAACUGACAAUCCCAACCAAUUCAUCUACCACCAAACACAACAGUAUACGACGCGUCUUUUCAAAAAGAAGAAGGUGGUCGAGUCGAUCAUUAGCGUUGAAAUGGAUGACAAUGAGAAGAUCAUCCGGCUGGUUGACCGCUGGGAUGGUAAGGAUUUGCCAUCUCGCUACGGGGCUACCUUCCUUCGCGUCAUGAAUGGCAAGGUGGCACCCUGGAUUUUCAAAGUUCCCAAAGUCAAGAAGACCGAGUAA